UAAUAAAAUUUGAUAUUUGGUUUAACUCGAUUUUCCAUGAACACCCUUAGUGAUGAGUAUAUAAAGCUCAGCUCAUGAAGAGUUGAAAUAAACUAAGAAAAUCAUGGAAAGUCCUUCAUAUGAUAUCAAAAACAAAGGAGAUGACAUGCAAGAAGAACCAAAGGUGAAACUUCACCAUGAGAAGGGAGGAGAUGAAAAGGAAAAAAUAAUUGAAAAAGAGACCCCAUCCCAAGAUAUCAACAACAAAGAUACCAUCUCUUCAUAUGUUUUAAGAGAUGAUACACAAGAAAUACCAAAGGUGGAACAUGAGGAGGGAGGAUAUGUAAAGGAGAAAAUUGUUGAAAAAGAGACUCUAUCCCAAUAUAUCAUCAAGAUUGAAGGAGAUGAUGAUGCACAAGAAAAACUAAAGGUUGAAUAUGAGGAGGAAGAAUAUGAAAAGGAGAAAAUAGUUGAAAAAGAGACUCCAUCCCAAGAUAUCAACAACAAAGGAGAUGAUGCACAAGAAAAACCAAAGGUGGAACAUGAGGAAGGAGAUGACAAAGAGACUCCAUCAGAAGAUAUCAUCAAGAUGGAAGGGGAGGGUGCACAAGAAAUAACAACGGUGGUAUGUGAGAAAAUUAUAGUACGAGAAGAUCUUGCUGUUCGAUCAAAACCUCCAUCAAAGCGUGAUCCUCCCAAAAUGCAAACAGACAAUAAUAAACUCUAGAAACAUCCAAAAAAAAAAGUUAAUAAAUAAAAGAAUUAUAAUUCAGAGCGAUAAAGUAAAAUUUCUGAAUUUAUCUCUGAUUAGAAAAGUAAGUUCAAAUAAAUAUUUGUCUUUCUUUGUAUUUUCAAAGUGUAAUUUGGUUAUUGUACUUUGAGAAGCUUUCUUUAGAUUGUUAUGUACUUGUAUUGCUUCCUUUCUUUUGGCUUAUUUAUAUAAUAUAAAUAAAAAAUAAAUAAACAUAUAAUGAUAA